AUGCAAAAAUGUUUAUAUUGCGCACAAAAAGAUCCGGAUUUAGAUCCAGAAGAUGGAAUUCCAAGUGAAUAUUGCUCGGAUGAAUGCCGUCGUAAUGCUCUAAGUACUGAAUUUACCACUCCAUGUAUUACCUGUGGCGAAUUUCCUAGAGUCAAACUCAGCCAAUAUUGCGGUUGGACUAAAUGUAGAAAUCUAAAACUUUGCAAAAAAUGUGAAAUAAAUAUUGUGACCAUCGCAAAUUCAUUCUGGUGUUCAAAGAAAUGCAGGAACGAAACCCCAGAUUGGGGUUUGAUGAUAAAAAGUGAUGAAUUAUGUCUUCAAUGUGAAGAAAAAUAUACAUGUUUUGGCAAAGAUUUUUGCAGUGAUGAAUGUUUACGUUGGGUUGAAGAAAAUGGCGACAAAAAAUUCAAUGAUAUAACAAAUCAAUUUACUUCUUCAUGGAAUCACAAGUACAAAGCAACUCCAUCAGUACAUGCUGUGUAUAAAAUAUUCCCAAACAAUGAAAUUAUUACCAGAUAUAACAAGUAUCGUGAUCAUAUUGAGUCAUUACGUAAAUGUGAAGGAAAGCAAUUCCCAAAAGGAAAUGGGCAAAGAUUGAUGACUAAAGGAAAUGAACAAAGAAGAUUUCAUGGAACUAGAAUGAAAUGUUUAUUAGGAAUAUCUUCUGAUAACAUAUGCUAUGAUACAACUUGUGCUUUAUGCAACAUAAUUUCAAAUGGUUAUAAACUCUCGUACAAUGGAAUUAAUUUUCCCUGUCAAAAGUUUGGCCCUGGAUUAUAUUUCUCAGGUACCUCAUCAAAAUCUGAUUAUUUUAGUAAAGAUUCUUAUCGUAAAGACUCUGCAAACGAAAAUGACAAAUUUUAUAAAGUGAUGUUUUUGACUAAAGUAGUUGUUGGAAGAGCAUAUGAAAUGUUGGAGGAAAAUACAAGUAUGAAAGGUCCUCCACAAAAUUAUGAUAGUGUUGUUGGAGAACCUAAUAAAGAUGGAAAAUUAAAUUAUGAUGAAUUGGUAGUAUAUCAAGAAGAAGCAUGUCUGCCGCAAUAUUUGAUCGUUUAUGAAAAACCAGAAAAUAUAUUGUAA